ACGACCGAUGGGCGAAUAUGGCACGCUGGACACAAACACAAUCACCAGCAGUAGCAGUGCGUCCUCACUUACGUCAAUUCUGAUGCCGAUGCCGAUGUCGAUGGCAGCAGCCCCACCCACCUCCGUAGCAGCAAUGUCGGUAACCGCUGCCGGUAAACCGACCCCAUCGUGUUCCUCCUCCGCAUCGUCCACCGGCGGCCCAACGUCAGUGGCGAUGGUACUGGCGGCCGCAUCAGCAGCCGCAAACGCCGCCACUACAACGAACCAAAUGCCGUGCAAUCACGUCCAAACUUCAACGUCCUCGUCGUCGGUAGAAUCUGACAGCUACCAUUUUUAUCACAAGUCCGCCGGAAACGGUGGCAGUAACGGUUUGCCAGGGAUCAGUGGUACUACUGGUGCCAGUUCCGCUAGUGGCCAUCACAACGGUACCGGCGGUGGUACAGGGAAGGCAAGUGGGAGAGUUAGUGUGGGUCACGAGUCUACGUCAUCUUCUGGUAUGCCACGACCUUCGGUGGUGACUGGUGGUGUUGGUGGUACUGGCAAUAGCAGUAGCUCCGGUGGAAGUGGCGGUAGCGGACGUGUGAAGUGCAAGGAUCCGAUACGUGUCGGUUUCUAUGAAAUCGAGAAAACGAUUGGCAAGGGCAACUUUGCCGUGGUUAAACUGGCACGCCAUCGAAUUACCAAAAAUGAGGUAGCGAUUAAAAUUAUUGACAAGUCUCAGCUCGAUCAUGGCAACCUGCAGAAGGUGUACCGCGAGGUUGAGAUUAUGAAACGCUUAGACCACCCACACGUCAUUAAAUUGUACCAGGUUAUGGAAACUCAAAGCAUGAUUUACAUAGUCUCGGAAUAUGCUAGUCAAGGUGAAAUUUUCGAUUACAUCGCUAAAUACGGACGACUUAAUGAACGCGCAGCUAGAAAUAAGUUUUGGCAGAUCUUAUCCGCCGUAGAAUAUUGUCACAAUAAGGGAAUAGUACACAGAGAUCUUAAGGCUGAGAAUCUACUGCUAGAUUCGAAGAUGGACAUAAAAAUAGCGGACUUUGGGUUUUCUAACUUUUACAAAAAGGGCGAACUACUGGCGACCUGGUGCGGUUCUCCACCUUAUGCUGCCCCGGAAGUGUUCGAGGGUAAACGCUACACUGGACCAGAGAUUGAUAUUUGGUCGUUGGGAGUUGUGCUGUACGUGCUGGUAUGCGGAGCAUUGCCUUUCGACGGAUCCACGCUACAGUCGCUCCGGGAUCGUGUACUGUCUGGCCGUUUUCGGAUCCCGUUUUUCAUGAGCUCUGACUGUGAGUCACUCAUUCGAAAGAUGCUCGUGUUGGAUCCUUCACGGCGGUUCUCGAUCGACCAAAUCAAGCGACACCGCUGGAUGAUGGUGGAAAUUAUCGACACACCGAAGAUUAGCAGUAUUGUCAUCAAUGGUAAUGUCAGUGAAGUUAGUGCACUCGAAGCAGAACCAAACGAGCAGAUUUUGAAGAUUAUGCAAAACUUGGGAAUCGAUAUUCUUAAGACGCGGGAGAGCUUAAAGCUUCAUAGCUACGAUCACUACACAGCUUUCUAUCUGUUGCUUUUGGAAAGACUGAAGAGCCGAACCGUGUCGCAUGAAAGUGGGAAUACUGUUUGCAUCGGAGGAGGAAAAUCGGCCAUACACGAAACGCAACGCCGACGUCCCAGUAAUGUUGCCGAACAGGCGAUGCGGAAACUUGCCAUCAGUACACAACACAAGGCUGAUCAGACGGGGUCUUCACCGAAACAUCAGCAAAUCUCACCGGCAAUUUCCUCUGCUCUGACCAACCAGAGUUCGGAAACACUACACGGUUUGCUUAGUGCGCAGGUCUCGGGCUCUGGCGUGCCCAGUGGAAUGCCGUCCAUGUCAACUGGUGUUAUAAUGCUGCGCGACACGAGCAUCCGCGAGCAGCAACCGGUUUUGAAAGAUAGCUCCUACUUCCGAGGUGUAUCGUACACAUCCAGUUCCGGUUUUACGGAUGCAUCGCUGUAUCAGGUGGCAUCAUUACGUGAGCGAGAUUGCAGCUCCACCUAUCUCACCGGACCCGGUACGGUAGGGUUGCUACCUUCGUCACUUUCGUCGAAUGUGGCCGCCACACUGGCAGCAUCAGCAACGUCCCGGGAGAGUACCUCGAUAGUGCUACGUGAGUCGGGUAUUCUGUCCAAUCGCAUCUCCUCGACCCGGCUACUGUCGAGUAACAUCGAUAAGCGUAUCCUGCAGCAAAGUACGGAAGACUGUCGGCGAUUGCUGCAGCAGGCUCGUCCUGUGUCGAUGGGUGAAUCAAAUCGGUAUGCAAAACCACCGUCCCAUUCGCCGGUAAACAACGAUCUCCAUCAAGCCUCACAGUCACAACAGUCUGGAGCACCGUCAUCAAUACCACAGUCACAGCGCUAUUCUGAUCCUUUAAAUGGAUUCAGUAAAGACUAUCUUACCAACGCAUCGUCCGCAAAGAACGAAACGUCGAUCAAUGUACCACCGUUCAAGGAUUACAUCAACAACAUGCAAACCUAUUCGUACCUUCAGCAUUACGAACCCAACUUGACAGUAACCAGCUCGUCAGCGACUGGCCAUACAGCACCACAAACUACAUCGAUUACGGCCCAAUACAGCUCCAGCACCGACGAAGGAUGUGAGACGGAUCUUGGUGACGAAGAUGUACAACAAUCAAUCGACAAGUCAAUUCAGCGGCUUAAUUCCUUUGCCAGCUCCAGCUCGUCCAGCGGUGUCGUCACCAAUAUUCAUCCGAAAAGCCUAAGUCAAAAUUUGAGCUGCGAUUCGUCGCGCAGCAACUUUUCGACCUUCGAAAGUUUGGAUCUUAACUUGUCGGAUUGUGCAGAGCUGGCGGGCAGUUUGCCCUCCUGUACGGCCACAACGGAGGCGUACGAAAGUGUAGCGAAAGAUGAAGCUUCAUUUCGAGCCGUUACGAGUGCGGCCUGCAUAAAUCAACCGCAGUGUGUAUACGCAAUGUCGGACAAGGUGGUUAGUUCGUUUUUGCGAGCCAACACGGUGUACCAAGACGUGCAUAAUGGCGACCAUCGCAGUAUUACUCGUUCGCCAGUCGAUUUUCGAGAGGGUCGACGUGCUAGUGAUGGACUAGUCACACAAGGCCUAGUUCACGCAUCGGAAAAUCCACUGAAUUCUCCGGUCGCGUUCAACAGUCAGCGUUUGAAUGAAACGUGCAAGGCGAAGGGUGUUCUAGAGCUUCACCUUCUGCAGAAGGAAGCGGCUCAACUGAAGGUUAAGUAUCAGGCAAACGUUCCACAGGAUGAGCUCAAUGUUCGUCAAUUGCAACACAGCCAAUUUCGGGUAAAUCCGCUCGAGGGGCUUAUCCUGAAAUCGUUAUCGGCUUCCUCGCACGGUAGCGCUUGCCUUGAGCCGACAAACGGUGGCAGUGCCGGUUACUACAACAAGGUGGCUGACUACGUUGGGCUAUCGCUGGGCAUGAAGGCAGCAACGGUGGCGGCUGCAGGAGUAACCGAGCAGCAGAUGGGAAAACUCGAUGCUGAGCAACUAUUGCUGCGGGCAGGCGUCGCUCGCUCGGACCAGCUAAGUGCUGCCGCCGUACAGCAGCUGCAGCAGAAGCCUCCGCUGCAGCAGCAACUAAUGCAGCACCGUUUGCUGCAGCAGAAACGCCAGAUCCUGCAGAAGCAGGGCGCAAUGGAGGCGGGCCUGAGCCGCAGACAGAUGCUGCGGCAGCACAGCUAUAAGAUCGCACAGCAAACGCAAAUCCUGCCGCCGCUACCAUACGGUGAGAUAGCCGAAUCGGUUGACGGUUCAGGCUAUCCAACGCUGCAAUCGGUUCGCGAAACGGCCAUCCUCGAGACGGAACCGACCCAGGCGGGUUUGAACGAUCCGCUCGAUCUCUACAGUCACCUGCACGCGCACCAUUCGCAUAUGCAACAUCAGCAGCAGCAGCAGCAGCAGCAGCAACAACAACAGCAUGGCAUCGGUGGACCUCACGCUGGUGUCCAUCUGGCAUCAGAACGGGGUACGCUCUGCUCCUGGAGCACACUGCCGAGCUCGAUGAAAACGUGCCAAAUAAGCGAUGGAACAUCGUCCACCGACAGUCCAUGGAAUGUGGCCGCACUCUACCACCAGCGAGCUUUCGUUCGUGUAUCGUCCCAACAGAAUGUACCGCCCGGGCCGUUGUAUUCCGCAUCGCAAUGGAUCACGCCGCACACGUCCUCGAUCCAGCAUUCAAUGCAACUACCGCUGAGUGAAAGCCCUAUACCGGAGCUUGCCGAGCAGAUGGAGUCUAUUUGAGCAGAGCGUGUA